AGCGAUGCCGACAAGCAGGAGCAGUCCCGGCUUCGCAAAGGGCCCACCCUCAGGAACGGUCCGGCCGGGCCUAGCGAGGAUGUCCCUACCGCGAUGCUGGUUCCGUUACCCAGGGUGGGCAGGCGCGGAAGCGGGGCGAUGGACAGCGAUAGUUUCGCUGCAUUUGCCCAGCCUCAACCCCUGGGAUGCGGGUGAGAGACAUGGAGGACUGGUCAGACUUUGCGCGUCCCUGGGGCUGCACAAAAGGCUCCCAGCCGGCCUCCCGCAAUGUCCUCACCUGUACCUGGCAGCCGACCCCCUGGACCCGCAGCGCCGCCAGGAGAAGUCCUGCGCAGCGCUGGGAAACGACAAGAGACGGCAGCCUGACGGGCAGCGACAGCAACAGCAACAGCCCCACUGCCGCCGGGGCUUCCAGGUUCUGUUCCCGGGAACGACUCCUGCCCUGCCCCUCUUCUUUUGCCCCGCCUCCGCCCCAGAGGGGCGAGGGUCCCGGAUGUUACCUCCUUCGGCGCUCUGAAUCCCCGCCCUUUCUUCUCAGGCCCCAGCCCUUCCGAAUCCGCUACGGGUGCUGCAAGGCCUGGGAAGAGGUCCGAUGUCUCUAGGGUGGCUAGAGCGUCCUCCCGCGCUCCGUCGCGCUGCAGGUGACGGCGCCCGGAGGCUGUCGGGAAGUAGGCGGGGUGACGUGUGGUUGACGAGCUCGGCGGCGGUUUUGCUGAGAUCUGUGGCCGGCGGCAGCUGGUGCGGGGGGCAGCCGAGAGCGAGAGGUGGAUCGGGGCGGUGUGUGGCCGGGGCCAUGACGGGCAAUGCCGGGGAGUGGUGCCUCAUGGAAAGCGACCCCGGGGUCUUCACCGAGCUCAUUAAAGGAUUCGGUGAGAACCAAGGGGACCGUCCUGGGCCUGGGGUCACGGGAGGAGGCCCAAGCUGGGCAUGGAGUGGUUCCCUGCGGCCACCGCCGCCCCGCGUCUGGAGAGAUGACUUCAGGAACCUGGAGUCCGGGUGGGGGAAAUGUAGGUGUUCUGCCCUCUCCUCAGCUCGAGACAGUAGCGUUUCCACAGUAAUUUGAAGAGCCACACCACGAGGGCAAGGAUCGUGUCUGUCUUGUGCCUGCUACAUCCUCAGGACCUGGCACCCAAAUCCUGUAACUGACUUGAGGGCCCUCGCUCCCCAAGCUCUUAAGCACAUAUUGUCCUUUGCACUGCCCCUUCUCUGCGGCGCGCACCUUAUCCCGGGCUGGUGUGAUCAAGUGCAUUGCUCAGGCCAUUAGUCCUGCAGAAGCCACCCUCGGGUGUGCCUUCUCAAGGGUGAGGUGUCUGCGGCGCAAGCCGCCCAGGAACUCGAGAUUCUGGUUACUCAAAGCAGAACGCCCUGAAUGUGUGAAUAGCUCUUCGGGACGUCCACACACGCUGACUGCGUGGGCCUGAAAGGCCACUUCACUGGUUCCGCUCUCUGCUCAUUUCUGGCUUCCGGUGAAGUGGGUUUUCUUGAGCUAGUGUUCUAGAUUAGAGGCCACAUGCUUUCCUCACAGUGUCUCUCUGGCUGUAUUUAGUGCCUUCCGUCCUAAAUAAUCAACACAUUUUACUUUUUAUCCUUCCCUAUUUAUCUUGUUCUUAGUCUCUUCUUUGGACAGUACGUUUUUAUCUGUUAUAUUUCCCAAGUAUUAUUGACUCUACGGUGUUAAAACUUUUACGUGGGAUUAACAAUUAAACGUUGAUGUAGAUAUUG